AUGGUCCUCGCAGAAGUCUGUAGUGUCUCGUGGCGGCGGUUUGCGGUGUUAAAAGCACCUGUUUGGAAACGCUUCCCAAUAGCAGAGAAACGGCUGUGCGUAAGCAGCUGGGGGAAUCGUAUAGGAGUAAGUGCCGAAGCAAAUCACUUGCGACCGCUACAACGGGGUAAGACUGUCAGGGUGAAGCCCUUCAAGCAGGUAAAACAUCGUGAAUUACGUGCGGACAAAGAACUGCUGCCUCAGAAUGAGGCGCUCAACGAGCAUAUCAUUAGGAGUGCAGGAGGUUCACAGGCCGCUGCACGGUCAGCCGCGGAGGCAUCUUGCAUUGGUGAGGAUAAAGCAGAAAGUGGUAAUGCACGGUUGGUUCAACACGACCCCGCAACGGUGGUGACACUCGACUCCCAAAGAGAGGAACUGCAUCUCGACCGCUCGCAGCGGGAAUUGCUUUGGAAUGCUCGCAGGCGACAGUACCAACAGCUUCUCGUACGCAUUGUCACGUGUAUGGAGUCUCAUCUCGCGCCCAUCGAAAAGUGUCAUGUUUUACUCGCAUUGCAUGAUGAAGUUAUCGACAAACGGAUUCGUCUUCGGGUAGACACAUAUGAAGAUAUAUUUCACGUGUUCUACGCCGUGGGAACGCUGGGUAGCUCAUCACCUUCACUAGAUGCUGAAGAGGUAGCUGGUCGCACCGCAAAGGCGGCACCGAGCCUCCUGCCCGCUGAGUUUGUCAGCCCCAUCAUCGCAGCGGCAUCCCUCCUCACGGGACCGAUGCUCCAAAGCCUUUGGAGGGUAUAUCGUUACAUGAUUGAUAGCGGAACAAAUCCCACAUCCCGCGUGGUGCAGCAUGUCAUGGGAAUACUCGAAAGACACCGCAAGAAAGAUGUCGUUGUGGAGGCGCGCGCACACUCCCUCAUGAUGGACCUUGACCGCUUUCACCUCGCACCUACGGAGUACACUAUAGCCUCCUACAUUGGCGUGUGCGACGUGAACGCUGUGAUGCAUCUGGCGGUAGCGCGAGUUACCGACUAUCGCACAAGGCACGAGCGGCAAGUGUCUGCCGGUGUGUGCGCACGGCUUCUGUUUGGGUUGAUGCACAACCAGCAGCAUGACGAAGCGCUCGCGUGUUUGUCUUCCAUUGACAGCACAGUUAUUACACCGCAACUUCUCAACGCCGCUCUUCACGUGACCUGUCACUCGCGUGAUCCGCUUUCCGCCUUUGCUAUUUAUAAGAGUGUGAUGGGACGGCCUGGUGGUAGGGCGAGUGGGAUGGCGCCCAGUGAACACACCUUCACCAUUCUACUGGAGGCGAUGGAGAAGGCACAGUCGUACGGUGAACUCAAUUACUUUCUUCGCGAAAUGCGCCGCUUUCGUGUAAAGGGAAAUGGUGUGACACUCAACAAGAUACUUCGCGUGCUGCUCAAGCUGAAUCGAUAUGAAGAGGCCUCUGCACUUUUGGUGACAAUGGACAAAAAAGGCGUCACGGUUUUUGACGAGCUUCGACAAGAGUACGCAACGGCCGUGCGUGCUCCCCUGAGGGAAGAGAUGUGCAAAAUUACCGAAGACGCGAACGCCGCCACAGGUCGGUGA